GUCGUGCUGCCCGGCGCUGGACUUCGGAGGCUGCGCGGUUGUGACGGCGGACGGCGAGUUCUGCAGGGUGGCCCGAAUCGAGGUGUAUCCCGACAUCGACCGCUGGGCGCGGACGUUUGGCAACGUCCUAGCCUCACGCGAGCGCCGGUUUGUCGAGUCAUGGGUCAGCCACGGCUCACGCUCGGCCCGCGAGCACCGCGUGAUCUCGAAGGGUCUCGAGUUGGCCAUGGGCAUCGACGGGCCCAGCAUGGUGUUGCGGGAGCCCUGCGUCACGGACCCCGAGAAGGUGGGCUUCGAGGGGGCCCACCCCCACACGGGGGAGAACGAAGUCGGCUCUGGCGUGCCAGCGGCCCCGCCCCUGCGCGCCCACGCGGCGACGGAGAUCUUCCACGGGCCCGCGACCGACAAGGAGCGCCGACAGGCGAAGACGGCGAAGGCCGAGGCUGGCUCCAAGGAGGGCAAGGACAAGGACUAA